UGGACAGUUAUUACAGGUUGAAAAGCCCCGACCAAUUUUUUAAGAGUUUGGCUUUUUUUUUUUUUCUUUUUGAAACUCAUGGUGUUUUUACUCUGCUUUCAAGAUGCGUUAAGGUCUCCUGCGUUUUGACUGCUUUGGAGCCAGCCAGUAUCCCGACAUGUACAAUUCGAAUUAUGCAGGUUUCAUGAAUGUUGCAUUUUUUACAAAUUGAAGGCAAGACCCUCUACCAGCAGAAAGAUUACGACUCACUCUAUUGUGGUACUCGCUCUAAUUGCGGUGAUUUGGAAUGAACCCUCAAUAUCUCUGAGAGAAGAAGCCAGCAAUCAAGACAGAAGAAGCCAGUGAGUUAGAAGAACCAUAGAGAAUGGUGGUUUGGAUGCCAAAUGAAGAGUGUCUCAAAGGAAGGUAACAUUUCAUUGGUUGCUUUUCCAGUUUCCAGCACCAACUCACCAACAAAGAUUUUACCAAAAACCCUAGGACCAAUAAAUGUGAAUGUUGGACCCCAAAUGAUUAUAAGCACACCACAGAGACUGACCAGUUCAGGAAGUGUUCUGAUUGGGAGUCCAUACACCCCAGCACCAGCAAUGGUCACUCAGACACACAUAGCAGAAGCUACUGGCUGGGUUCCAGGUGAUAGAAAACGGGCUAGAGAAUUUAUAGACUCUGAUUUUUCAGAAAGUAAACGAAGCAAAAAAGGAGAUAAAAAUGGAAAAGGCUUGAGACAUUUUUCAAUGAAAGUGUGUGAGAAAGUUCAGCGGAAAGGCACAACGUCGUAUAAUGAAGUAGCCGAUGAGCUGGUAUCAGAGUUCACCAAUUCAAAUAACCAUUUGGCAGCUGAUUCGCAGGCUUAUGACCAGAAGAACAUUAGGCGAAGAGUUUAUGAUGCUUUAAAUGUGCUAAUGGCAAUGAACAUAAUAUCAAAAGAAAAAAAAGAAAUCAAGUGGAUUGGCCUGCCUACCAAUUCUGCUCAGGAGUGUCAAAACCUGGAGAUAGAGAAGCAGAGGCGGAUAGAACGGAUAAAGCAGAAGCGGGCCCAGCUGCAAGAGCUUCUCCUGCAGCAAAUCGCUUUCAAAAACCUGGUACAGAGAAAUCGGCAAAAUGAACAGCAGAACCAGGGCCCGCCAGCUCUGAACUCCACCAUUCAGCUGCCGUUUAUAAUCAUCAACACGAGCAGGAAAACAGUCAUAGACUGCAGUAUCUCCAGUGACAAGUUUGAAUAUCUUUUCAAUUUUGACAACACCUUUGAGAUCCAUGAUGACAUCGAAGUACUGAAGCGGAUGGGAAUGUCCUUUGGCCUGGAGUCAGGCAAAUGUUCUCUGGAGGAUCUGAAACGUGCUAAAUCCCUGGUGCCAAAGGCGUUAGAAGGUUAUAUCACAGAUAUCUCCACAGGACCGUCAUGGUUAAACCAGGGGCUGCUUUUGAACUCUGCCCAGUCAGUUUCAAGUUUAGACCUGACCACUGGUGCCACCUUAUCCCAAUCAAGCGUAACCCAGGGGUUCUGCUUGGAUGCUGAAGUGGCCUUAGCAACGGGGCAGAUCCUUGCCCCAAACAGUCACCAGUCCAGCAGCGCGGCCUCUCACUGCUCCGAGUCCCGCGGCGAGACGCCCUGCUCGCUCAACGACGACGACGAGGAGGAAGAGGAGGAGGACUCCUCCUCCCCAGAAUAAAGACAGGACGAAACCCACGUUUUCCUAUUGAUGCUCA